GCAUUAGCGAAAGCAGAGCGUGUACAGAAGGUGAGUGAGUGCGUGCUAAAAAAGCGUAAAUCAAAAAUAAAACAAAAAUAAAUACUGCAUUAAGAAUUAAGAGCGAUUCAACUGGAAUAUAUUUUUGGCCGCGCAUCUAAAUUUUUCCUGCCCAAAACCAGAGAACAGUGAGCGCGCGUUUUCUUUUCAAGCGCUCUCCCGGACACAAAAAACAAAAACCAAAAAGCUUCUUCAUGAUGUCGUCGGAUCAACAGUUCUUUCUAAAAUGGAACGAUUUUCAAACGAAUAUGGUAACAUCGUUCCGUCACUUGCGAGAUGAGAAAAGCUUCACAGACGUAACACUCGCCUGCGAAGGUCAAACCUGCAAAGCACACAAAAUGGUGCUAUCAGCUUGCAGUCCCUACUUUAAGGCGCUAUUAGAGGAAAAUCCCUCAAAGCAUCCAAUUAUUAUACUGAAAGAUGUGUCCUACAUUCACCUGCAGGCAAUAUUGGAGUUUAUGUAUGCCGGCGAAGUGAAUGUAUCUCAAGAACAGUUGCCGGCAUUUCUCAAAACCGCUGAUCGACUUAAAGUGAAAGGUCUGGCAGAGACACCUAGUUCUAUAAAGCGGGAGGGUUGAUGGUAUUUAAACAAAUAAACACACACACACAUAUAAAAACAAAACAAACAAAAAAACAAAACUAUAAGAAACUUAUAUAUGCAAGCAAGAAAACAAAACAAAACAUAACAAAAUUCCAACAAAAUAAUGAAAUACGAAAAUUCGACAUUUGAGAUACAUUCACUCAUACAAACAACAAUUAAUUUCGAUAAAUUUAAAAAAAAUGCAAUUCACUUACAGACACAGACGAAAGUUGACAGCUACGAUAGUUCAAACAGAAAAGUAACGUUUACGAUUUUAUAGUUAUCACCCUCCCCCCUUCUAGACCAAAACAAUUGCAAUAUUUAUCAACACUGUCGACCCAUUGAACUUGAUUUGUAUCGUAUUUUUAAUUUUCAUCAUAAAAUAGUUUGUAACAUAUUAUUAAAAACACAAACACACACACACACACCCAAACACUGUAUAAAAGGCAAAAUAUGGACAACCCAACAAAACAAACAAAUAUAAUAAAACAGAAACGCACUUUUGUAAAGUAAUUAAAAGAGAAUUCAUAAACAAAAAAAUAAAAUACAUAGAAACAUAAUUAUACAUAUUAUAAUAAUAUAUAAAAAAAAUGUGCAAGUUGAACGUUAAAAAACAUAAAUAAAACAUGCGCACGCCCGCGAAUAUUUACAACAAAACA